UUCAAGGUUUGCGAAAUAUUUUCAUGUAAAUAAAGAAAUGGGAGGGAAAAAUGCAAGAUCAAGAUGACCAGAAAAUAUACCUACCUUUAGAUAUCACGAUCCAUGAUCUCUUUGACUGGUCCAAAUCAGAUGAGAAGUUUCAAGUUAUUCCAAGAGCUGUUUCUUUUAAGCCAGGUCUAAGGAGACAAAACAGCAAGACAGGGGCCUUGGUAUCAUGUAAUGAACAACAGAUUGCUGUCUUUAGGUAUCACAAUCGAGUGUAUGCCAUUAAGGAGAAAUGUCCACAUUUAGGAGGUCCUCUCCAUUUAGGGGACAUUGAGGAGCUUCCAGGAAAUACCCUCUGUGUCCGAUGUCCUUGGCACAGUUGGAAAUUUGACCUUGACACAGGACUUUUGAAGCAACCCAAGAGACCUGGAGUUAGUUCUGUUGUUUACCCUGUGAUUGUCAAAGAAGACGGAAAACUAAUGAUUGGCUUUGACCAAUUUGACCCGAAGUAUUUUUCUGUGGAUUCAUCAUUUUAAGUGCCAAAGAUGUUUGUUCAAAAAAAUUUACAAAUAUUAGCCCAAAAAAAUGCAAAACCAAUUACAAAAUCUUUGGUUGAGGAUAUUUUAGUUCCCGUUAUCAGUUGUUCAGUAUUUAAUUUUUUGUUUUGUCUGUAAAAUCAACUAUCUUAUGGGACAUAUCCUUUGUAUUGUUAAAUUACUAGUGCACUGUGUUUGAUUUACUGUGAAAAUGGCAUUGUUUAAGGGGGUUGGGUGAUCAUCAAAUUAUCCAGAUGUUAAGUUAUUAACUUUUAUUUUAAUAAUUCCAUUUUAUUUAAGCUUUUAGAUUUGAGUAUUUUCCUGUAUCUUUUUACAGAGCUCUUUUUCUAAAGGAGAUUUAAAUAGUCUAAAAAUGGCCUCGGCCAUCCAGCCCU